GUAGCAUGGACGGAGAACGAACGGCUACUGGGAGAUGCUGCAAAAAACCAGGUUGCCAGCAAUCCAACCAACACCGUUUUUGAUGCCAAGCGUUUGAUUGGCCGAAAGUUCCAGGAUCCUGUUGUCCAAGCGGACCUGAAGCUUUGGCCCUUCAAGGUUGUGUCUGAUGGGUCAUCAGAUGACAAGCCACUGAUCGAGGUUGUUUACCAGGGUGUGGACAAGAAAUUUCACCCAGAAGAGAUCUCGUCGAUGAUUCUGACCAAGAUGAAGCAGACCGCCGAGGCGUUUGUGGGUCAGCGCGUGCGAAGUGCUGUGAUCACGGUCCCUGCAUACUUCAAUGACUCUCAGAGGCAGGCAACAAAGGAUGCCGGCGAGAUUGCUGGCCUGAACGUGCUCCGCAUCGUCAAUGAGCCGACUGCUGCUGCCAUCGCUUAUGGCUUGGACGCAAAAUCCAAAGACAAAAAGAGUGGAGAAAAGGAGACCCACAUUCUCGUUUUUGACAUGGGAGGAGGCACUUUCGAUGUCUCGAUCCUUACAAUUACUGAUGCGGUCUUCGAAGUGAAGGCCACGGCAGGCGACCCCCACUUGGGUGGAGAGGACUUUGACAAUCGCAUGCUCAGCUAUUGCAUUUCUGAGUUUCGCCGCAAGCAUAAGUCUGAUCCAACUCGGAAUCAGCGUGCCAUUCGGCGUUUGAGAACACAGUGUGAGCGUGCAAAGCGGCAGCUAUCGACGCAGACAUCUGUGACCAUUGAGGUGGACUCCCUGCACGAUGGUGCCGAUUUCAGUUUGCGGCUUUCGCGUGCCAAGUUCGAAGAACUGUGCAUGGAUUACUUCAAGAAGGCAAUGGAACCUGUAUCCCAGUGCCUUGGAGACAGUGGCUUGCCCAAAUCGAAGAUUUCUGAUGUGGUCUUGGUGGGUGGUUCCACACGCAUCCCCAAAGUCCAGGAACUUAUCAGCUCAUUCUUCAAUGGGAAGCAUUUGUGCAAGGAGAUCAAUCCCGACGAAGCCGUGGCAUACGGAGCAGCGGUCCAAGCUGCCAUUGUGUCCGGAACAGGAACGGAGGAAGUCGAGAACAUGCUUUUGCUAGACGUGGCGCCAUUGUCUCUGGGCAUUGAGAUGGCGGGGGGCAUGAUGCAGAAACUCAUUGAGAGAAACAGUACAAUUCCCACCAACAAAAGCCAGGAUUUCACCACUGCGGAAGACUACCAGGACCAUGUAGAAAUCAAGGUAUAUGAAGGAGAGCGAGCAAUGGUGAAAGACAACAACUACCUUGGAAAAUUUGUGCUGACCAGCAUCCCCAAAACCCUACGAGGUGUCCCAAAGAUCAAGGUCACUUUCAAUGUCGACUCAAACGGAAUCCUGGAAGUAACAGCGGAGGACAUGAAGACCCACCGCAAGGGAGAGAUUCAGAUUACAAAUGAGAAAGGCCGCCUGUCUCAACAUGAUAUCGAGCGAAUGCUUAAGGAUGCUGAGGCCCACAAGGACGAAGAUGAUUUGGCAAGAGGUGAAAUAAUGGCUAGAGAGUCACUGACGGUCUACAUGAGAAGAACCAGGAAGGCUUUGGAAGAGAUCGAUUCCGACAAGAUUUUGAAGCGAGAUCGCGAGAGACUAGAGAAGAAGAUGGAAGAGGUGGACAUUUGGUUAGACACGGGGGCGACAAAGGCCACCAAAGAGGAGUUUGAAGCAAAGCAAAGAGAGUUGGAGUCGGCCAUGAACACCAUCAUGCUCAAAAUCAAUAGGUCUGAGAAUGACUUUUGGGAGCAGCAGGCGAUUCUGCCAGAAAAUGAGAAGACCAUAGAACAUGGAGGGUAUACUCGGCAGCACUUGAGUUGAUUUUUUUGAUAUGAGCUGUCAACCGUUCAACCUAAGGUACUACCUGGACUCUGGCCUAGACAUCCGUGGCUUGACCAAGAUAGUCUGAAGUUGAUGGAAGCACUAGGUGCCUGAACAACUUGACUGAACUUGGUUUCACAACAAUGGGCCCCAUCGCAGGAGACUUGAUUGAGGAUCCAGACUGAGAGAGGUGGAGUUGCAACUUUUUGGCGCUUGCCUUUGGUUGGCGAUGCUGAGACUGCCCCAGCGCCGUCACAACUAGGCGGUAGACCAUUUGCUGCACUGAAGUACCUUCAGCGCCACGCUAUGAUGUAGUGG